GUCGACCAGUGGAAGCUUUCCCUGGUUCUCGACAGGUUGCGCUGAAUCGGUUUCUAAAUCUGGAGCGGAAGUUGUCCGCGGAAAACAUCUUGUACAAGGCCUAUCGCAAGUUCAUGUCCGAGUAUGAGGAACUCGGCCAUAUGUCCCUAGCUGAAGGUACUGGUCAAUACUACAUCCCUCAUCAUGCGGUGCAGAAAAUUGAAAGGGAUGAGGUAAAGUUGCGGGUGGUAUUCGAUGCUUCCGCGAAAUGCCAUUCUGGGGUGUCCCUCAACCAGUGCUUGUUGGUUGGACCUAAAUUACAACAGGACAUUGUUGAUGUCUUGGUUGGAUUUAGAGUGCAUAAAGUGGCUUUUACGACAGAUAUAUGCAAGAUGUAUCGCCAGAUCGAUGUGCUCCCACAAUACCGAGGUUAUCAAUACAUCUUGUGGCGGGAUUCUCCGCAAGUGAUCGUCAAGGAAUAUGUUCUGAAUACGGUAACGUAUGGGGUAAAUAGUGCUCCCUAUUUAGCCUUGCGUGUCCUACGUCACAUUGCUGACACAGAUUGUGAGAAAUUGCCAGAGGUGAAAGGAGUUCUUUACAAUCAUACAUAUAUGGAUGACAUUUGCGUCGGAGCCGAGUCGUUGGAAGCUGCCGAGGCGCUGCAGUUAAACCUGGUCACGACCCUUGCCAGGUCCGGUUUGGAAUUGAAGAAGUGGGCCAGUAAUAAGCCAGAGUUACUGAAGAAUAUUCUUCAAGAAGAUAGUUCGAGUGACCCCUUGUUAUUCGAGCAGGAAAAUGCCACGCAAGUGCUAGGAAUGCGUUGGAACCACGACAAGGAAUGUUUUUCCUUUUGUAUUUCUGAUUUUAAAUUGAUCCCCACGAAAAGAGGAGUGUUGUCGAUGAUCGCCAGGAUCUUCGACCCACUUGGCUUGUUAGCUCCAACUAUUUUUUAUGCCAAAUGCAUCAUGCAGCGUGUAUGGGUGGCUCGAAUCGGUUGGGAUGAACAACUUCCUGCAGACAUCGCAGAAGAUUGGAACAGGUUCUACCAUUCGUUGGGUUGGCUCGUCGGAAUCCAAAUACCUCGCUACAUCGGUUGCUCCACUGGGUGUAAGUAUGAGGUGUGUGGGUUUUCGGAUGCGUCCGAGAAGGGAUAUGCUGCAGUGGUUUAUCUUCGUGUGACUGCUCCGUCAGGAGAUGUUCGUAUAUAUCUUCUUGGGUCCAAGACGAAGCUAGCUCCGAUGAAAGCUAUGUCAAUACCACGACUUGAGUUAUGUG